AUGCACAUAUUGGAUACACUCUCCAUUGCUAAUUAUCAUAGUCCAGAUCCCUAAAUCAAGGACCAUCUUCUGAAAACAGCCUCAGAACUUUAUAAGUCUGAUUCCGAUUUACCAAAAUUGCUACAAAGAUAUGAAUUAACCUUAAACAUCUUAGAAAGUUAAUCGUUUAAUGUCAAAGUAAAAUUUCAUCGAAAUUAGUAAUACUUAUCAUUAUAUGCUACCAUAAUGAAAACAAAAAUCAAAGAAUUUUAUACAAACUAAAAGUUUUAGUUGUUUUGCAAUGUUUAUGUUCCCCCUAAGUUUUCUAGGACAAUCAAUAUAUUUUGUUACAACCCUUCAGUUACUGGUUACGUAGCACUUGUUAAAACUGAUUAGAUGACAAGUUUGAUAGCUAUGGAGUAAAUGCUAUCUCAAAUUGACAACAAAGAAAAGGAAUAGUUUUACACAUUCGAUGACUUAUUUGAGGAUGUAAAUAUCUCCAUUCAACCCUAGAAUACAAUCCCAAUUAUCAAUAUGACUCCAGAAAAAGAGUAAUAGAAAUCGAUUGUCAGAAGACAUAAAAAGUCGUUAUCAGAACAUUAAAUGUUUGAUUUUCAGAGAGACUAGAAACAAUCUUAGAUAUUCAACCAGAUUCAGUCCAUUCAUCAAGAAAAGGCUUGUAUUUCAAUCUAAUAAUAUUUAGUAUUUUUUUCUUAAACGAAAACGGAAUCAUUCCUUUAGGAUGACUACUAAUUCCCUUCCUUAAACUAAAUAAAUUCUAUUGUAAGCAAGAAUGAGAGUUAAGAUGAAUAAAAGAAAGGCUAGACACCCAUAAGUCAGUUUGACUAAAAUGCCUAUUAUUAGAAAUAAGAACAGACGAAUUAUGAUAGUGAUGAUUUUGAUCUAUUUCCACGUUUAGAAUUGAAUUCAGCCAUAAGUUGUCCACCUUUGAAUAAAUAACCAUAAACUGAUCAAAAGAAGCAAAUGGCAAAUCCAAUCUACACAGGGAGAUUAAAGUUUUUUGAUGAAUAGAAAAACUAUGGAUUCAUUGUUAUGGAUGAAGAUAAAUCAGAUAUUUUUGUACAUUUAGAUGACUUGCAAAAGGCAGGUGUCACAAAGGAAGUCUUGAAAACUGCCAAAUAAGGAUCCUAGAUUAGAUUUUAAUUUAACUGCAUGGUCUAUGUUGGAAAAUAUAAAAAGUCAAGGAAGGCUGUAGAAUUGAAAUUACUAACCAACUUAUAAGCAAACAACUUUAAAGGGUAUUAAUGA